UUUGAAAAUGUCAGCAUCAUGCUUUACUGUAAUAUAAAGCAAAAUUCAACGAAUGUGGUUAAUGUUAAAACAUACAUUUCAAUAUGUAAAAGCCCAGGCAUGACCACACCAGAAGACAUAAUGAAGUGAUCAGAUAUACCUAUACAUAGAAAGGGACUGCUGCGAAUGGAGAGGAUACAGGUAUGCUGUAUUAAUAACUCAAAUAGCAUGGCCUUCAGCAACGUCAUUCUCUAAAAUAGUGGGAGACACUUGGCAAAGUUCCAACAAGAACAAAAUACAGUCUUCCCUCAGUUACUCAGCACUUACAUCCCAAGAGUGCAUGAAAACCAUGCAAAAAUACUUUGAUGUAUGUGUGAAACAGAGUUCGGCUCCAUGCUCAAGUGAUUUUAAGUCAUUUCACCUACAGAAAUGGCUAAUGGCACUUUGGGAAGUCUUUGGGGUGUGGGACAGCGUUUUCAUUGUGCAAGACCAAGGCAUUGUGGGACAUCUAACAUUCCUGGCUCCCAGCCAUUCCAUGCCAGAGGCAUCUCCUUAUCAUUGUCACAACCAAAAGUGGUUCCAGGAUUCCACAGUGGUCCUGAGGGAGCACUCGCAACCUCAUUGAGGACCACCAGGCUAGAUGUUGGCCUCAUGCAUGGACGGUGACAGGCGAGUUGGCGGUGGGGCGGGGGGGCAGAUUUGGAUGUCGACUCCAGAAAAGGAGUUGGUUGCAUUGCUUUUUUAGCCAAGGAGAGUCUUCACUUUCUUAAAUAUUUCAAAUCUGGCUUUUCCAACCUGGUAACAGUUUCAAGUUCUGACCCUAAGUGGAAGAUAAAAUGAAGAAAGCACAAUAUUUUGUAGGAAAAAAAAUCAACUCCUAUUUUUGUUUGUUUAUUUAUGUUAAGGGCCAACAGAUGUGCUUUAAUUCCCUGCCCUCCUUGGUGGCUCACUGAUAGGAAUGCACUCUGUCUCAGGAGGAGGAACAAUCCAGUUCUAACAGGAAUUUUUGAAAUAGUUCUCAGAUUUAAUUUUUGUUUUCCUUUAAACUUACAGGUAUGAUCUUAUCUCCUCUGUUUUUUCAGUUUUGUAAAGGAUGCCAUAACGUCCGAUUCCUCUUGGUAUUUGCAUUGUGCACAAUCAAAUGUUUUGAGCAGAUGUGCAUGAUUGUUUAGUAUUAGUGCUCUGCAGGUUGCUUCUGCCUGGGAGUCUUAAAAUAAACAAAUCAAAAGGACUUGAUCCACUUAGAGUACUUCCAGAGGAUUUUAAGUCUUGGAUUUUUAUUUAACAAUGACAACAACACCCACACCCCCUUCUUUAACAAAUGUGGAUGCAUUGUAUCUCAUUUGUAAAUAGUCAUUCGGCUCAAAGAUACUGGGCAUACUUCAAACGCAUACUAAUUUAUGACAUUCCAAGAAGAUAAAUCUGUUUGCGGACUUAUUCCAAGACUAAGUUUAUUCAUUUGCCAAUCAGGUGCAUACUAUUCACAGGACAGCAGGUUAGGCAUUGUGGGGAAAUCAGAAAUACUCUGGACCCUUUAUGCCCUCAAGGAGCCUACUGUCCAGCAGGGAUGAUAAAACCUCAUGUACAUACUAUCAUAAGUAAGUGGUGAACCUCUGGAAAAGUAAGAUGGAGUCCUUAUGGAGUCUCUAGGGAUUAAAUGAUAUUUUCCACCGGAGGGGGUGAAAUUUGAGGUGGAAGUUUUAACUUGACAACCUUAAAGGUUCAUUAACAUUUAGACAGGUAAAGUGUGUUAAAUUUUGAGGAAUGACUUUCUGAGCUAAAAUAAAUUCAAGUAAGAUUUUUUUUUGGUGUUUUUAAGUAAUAGGAAAUCUGACUUCCCAUCACUUAUUUGUAUGCAUUUAUUGUCUGAGUGUAAUUAAGUGACUUGGAAUAAUUGGUAAUAAUUUAUGAAGAAAUCUCAUUCAACAUUGCUACCUUCCUUAAAAAAAAAACCAUCUAAUUUAAAAGCUGGAUCUUUUUUCGAAGCUUUGCUUUUUUCCAUUGAAGAAGUCUCUUUAUCACAACUCCAGAUCUCGGGAAUACCACUGUGAUAUUUUAAAACUCUGGAAUGUACCUUUAAUUGGAUUCACAGUAAAGUGCCAUCAGAUAGAAGACAGACCCGUCACGAUCGUGAUGUAAAGAGUUCCGUUGCUAACGUAGGAAAGGGUUCUCAUUACCAGGACAGCUGGGAAGUAGUGGAAGGACUGAGGGGGGAGAUGAAUUACACCCAGGAGCCACCAGUUCAGAAAGGAUUUUUGCUAAAAAAGAGGAAAUGGCCCUUAAAAGGCUGGCACAAGAGAUUCUUCUAUCUGGACAAAGGAAUCUUGAAAUAUGCCAAGAGCCAAACCGAUAUAGAGAGAGAGAAGCUGCAUGGCUGCAUUGACGUGGGGCUCUCAGUGAUGUCUGUAAAGAAGUCAUCAAAAUGCAUAGACCUUGACACCGAGGAGCACAUCUACCAUCUGAAGGUCAAAUCAGAAGAAGUCUUUGAUGAGUGGGUAUCGAAACUUCGCCAUCACCGAAUGUAUCGUCAGAAUGAAAUUGCCAUGUUUCCACAUGAAGUUAAUCACUUUUUCUCAGGGUCCACCGUCACAGACUCUACAUCUGGGGUGUUUGACUCCAUUUCAAGUAGGAAGCGUAGCAGUAUAUCAAAGCAGAAUUUAUUUCAAACUGGAAGCAAUGUAUCAUUUUCUUGCGGUGGAGAGACACGAGUUCCAUUAUGGUUACAGUCUUCAGAGGACAUGGAAAAAUGCUCCAAAGACCUGGCGCACUGUCAUGCCUACCUGGUAGAAAUGAGCCAGCUCCUGCAAAGCAUGGAUGUCCUGCAUCGGACAUACUCGGCACCAGCUAUCAACGCCAUCCAGGGUGGAGCUUUUGAAAGUCCCAAAAAGGAAAAAAGAUCACAAAGGAGGUGGCGGUCCAGAGCUAUUGGCAAAGAUGCUAAAGGAACGCUGCAGGUCCCCAAACCUUUUUCUGGCCCAGUAAGACUACACUCCUCCAAUCCUAAUUUGUCAACACUAGAUUUUGGAGAAGAGAAAAAUUAUUCUGAUGGCUCUGAAACCUCCUCAGAGUUUUCUAAAAUGCAAGAAGACCUGUGUCAUAUUGCCCAUAAAGUUUACUUCACUUUAAGGUCAGCUUUUAAUAACAUGUCAGCGGAGAGAGAGAAACUGAAGCAGCUGAUGGAGCAGGAUGCCUCCUCCUCCCCAUCUGCUCAGGUCGUUGGUCUGAAGAAUGCCCUGUCAUCUGCCCUAGCACAAAACACAGAUCUUAAAGAACGCUUACGCAGAAUCCAUGCCGAGUCUCUGCUCCUCGACUCCCCCGCUGUUGCCAAGUCGGGUGACAAUCUGGCAGAGGAAAACUCCCGAGAUGAAAACCGAGCUCUAGUUCAUCAGCUUUCUAAUGAAAGUAGACUCUCCAUCACUGACUCCCUUUCCGAGUUUUUUGAUGCUCAGGAAGUUCUGUUAUCUCCAAGCUCUUCAGAAAAUGAGAUUUCUGAUGAUGACUCGUACGUCAGUGACAUAAGUGAUAAUCUUUCCUUAGAUAAUCUCAGUAAUGAUUUAGAUAAUGAGAGACAGACUUUGGGGCCUGUCCUUGAAAGUGGUGGGGAAGCGAAGUCCCGGAGAAGAACGUGCCUGCCGGCACCCUGCCCCAGCAGCAGUAACAUCAGCCUGUGGAACAUCCUGAGGAACAACAUCGGGAAGGACCUGUCCAAGGUGGCCAUGCCGGUGGAACUGAACGAGCCCCUGAACACACUGCAGAGGCUCUGCGAGGAGCUGGAGUACAGCGAGCUCCUGGACAAGGCCGCGCAGAUUCCCAACCCCCUGGAAAGAAUGGUGUAUGUGGCAGCCUUUGCCAUAUCAGCGUAUGCAUCUAGCUACUACCGAGCUGGGAGCAAGCCAUUUAAUCCAGUUCUUGGAGAAACAUAUGAAUGUAUUCGGGAGGACAAGGGCUUCCAGUUUUUCUCAGAACAGGUCAGCCACCAUCCGCCUAUCUCUGCAUGCCAUGCUGAGUCUAGAAAUUUUGUUUUCUGGCAAGAUGUGAGAUGGAAAAACAAAUUCUGGGGCAAAUCCAUGGAAAUCGUUCCAAUUGGCACAACCCAUGUGACUCUGCCAGCUUUCGGGGAUCAUUUUGAGUGGAACAAAGUGACCUCUUGCAUCCAUAACAUCUUAAGCGGGCAGAGGUGGAUUGAGCACUAUGGAGAGAUUGUCAUCAAGAAUCUGAAUGAUGAUUCCUGCUACUGCAAAGUGAAUUUUAUAAAGGCAAAAUACUGGAGCACUAAUGCCCAUGAGAUUGAAGGCACAGUGUUUGACAGGAGUGGAAACGCAGUUCAUCGGCUGUUUGGGAAAUGGCAUGAAAGCAUCUACUGCGGUGGCGCCUCCUCUUCUGCCUGUGUGUGGAGAGCAAAUCCCAUGCCGAAAGGCUAUGAGCAAUACUAUGGCUUCACACAGUUUGCGCUGGAAUUAAAUGAAAUGGAUCCAUCGUCAAAGUCUUUAUUACCACCUACUGACACUCGAUUUAGGCCAGACCAGAGGUUUCUAGAAGAAGGGAACUUAGAAGAAGCUGAAAUACAAAAGCAGAGGAUUGAACAACUACAGAGAGAAAGGCGGCGGGUCUUAGAAGAAAAUCAUGUGGAGCACCAGCCUCGGUUUUUCAGGAAAUCCGAUGAUGACUCGUGGUUGAGCAACGGUACCUAUUUGGAACUUAGAAAAGAUCUUGGUUUUUCCAAACUGGACCAUCCUGUCUUAUGGUGAAAAAGUAAAGAAGAAAGAUAACGUUAGUGUAUUUCUCCCAUGCUUGCUUUCUGAAGUGGCACAAACUUGUGUUUAUAUAUUUAAACAGUACUCUAGGAUGAUCACUUGUGCUUAGCUUAGCAUUGUAACUCAUUAAUUCUAUAUUUUCCUCAGUGCGUUUCUUUACAAUUUCAAAUGUUACCCUGAUUGUUUAUAUGAAUGUAGAACACCUUGACAUUUCUUUUUAUAUAUAAACUAUUUAAUAAAAAUGAAAGAUUGAAUGUUCAUGUGUGGGUUAAAAAAAGAAGCUUUAGCACUAAUUUUCCAAAGUUUAGGGAAGAUUCCAAUUAAAUUUAUGCCUUAUAAAAUUAUGUUGUAGAAAAAAAAAAUCAGCCUCUCCCAGGUGCAUUAAGAAGUGAGAAUACCCGGGGUUACUCACCCACGCGUAAGCUACCCAAGUUUAAUUUGGUAGCUGAGAUAUCUUUUUGCUUCAGACAGCUCUUGAAUUGCUCAUACAGAACAAUUCUGCUGGUGCUGGAGUCUGAAGAAUAUCUUCAUUUGCAUUUUAGUGGUUAGGGAGAGGAUAUAAGAUUAAUGGAAUGUAUAUUUUUAUAUAAGAUGAAUAUGGCACCUUCUUGAAAAGGAAACAUUUGAACUUGUUUCUCCCUAUAGUUCUAUUGCCUUGUGUGCAAAAUUGUACCCUCUUGCUCAGAGAAAUUAUCAUUAAUAAGAGAAAAAAUUCCAGUUAAUUAAAUAUCACAGUAGCAUCCCAAAGAGACAGUAGGAAAUUUCUUCUUAGUGAGAGCUGAGUCCUUGAGAAGUUAAGAGACUGUUUUCUGCUUCCCACCCUACUCCUAGUUUUUUGACCCUCCGUUUGAUCACCUCCCUUAUGAGUAUGGAAUGUCCCAGUUUAAUAUAAAACAUAUAGUUUAUUCCACACAGCAGUUUGACUUUGUAAAAGUUUAGUAAAGUAACUGAUUGUUUUGGAUAACUCAACACGUUUUUCUUAAAUGCUGUUUUAGUAUUUUCUACCUCUUAAUAAGCACCAUAUUUUAGAUCUUGUAUAAAAAGUUUGCCAUCUGCCUUAUAGACAAAUGUAGAGAAUUGAUGUUCUUGCUUUGUGUUGUGUUCUGGUAAAGCUUUAAGUAAGUGUCUUACCCCUUUCCUAUACUUUCUUGUUAUCCGUAUCAUUCUUUUGUGAGUUUUGCAGCAGUCUUGAAUAAUACAGAUUAUAACUACUGAAAGGGGAACCUUUGUCUUUUUAAAUGUGUUAUUUCACAUUACAAUAAUAUGUGUAGUAGUUGAAUUGUGUUAUCAAAGCAAUUCCAACUUCUGCCCAGUUAACAUUAAAACCAAAGCCUGAUUGUUAAGCCUUUUAUUCUAAAGUCCAUAGCAAUCCUAUGGAAUAUCAAGUAUAAUGAUGUAGUAAAAAGAUUUCUCCAGAAAACACUUUUACUUAAAGAAAUUCAGAGCAUAUCGAAUGUUAUGAAUGAAGAGUAAAAUAAUUACAGGAAAAGAAUGCGUGAUUUUUCAUUGUCAUACCAAAUAACCAGUUGGACAAUAUUGCAUUUUCAAAAUGGAGAGUUAUUUAAAGUGGAUCUGUAGCCUUCUGGAAUCUGCACGUGACUGGCACUUUAAAACAACUCAUUAAAUAUGGGAUUCAUUUUAUCGAGAUGCCAAGAUGAACACAAUGUGAAUAUCAUUUCCAUUUCUAAGCAGUUGAAUGACACAGUCAGAUUCUUUGGUGUGUGCUUUGUUCUUUCCAUUUCAAGCAUUUAUCCAAAUUCUGCUCACAGGCAUGAGGAAGCAGGCUGUAGAUUUAAGGGCACUCAAGGGGAAAACAAAUGUAGUUUCCACAGUGUGAGGGUAAAUGUAGAAUCUUAGAAAUAUUGGCUGUUAAACUGGCCUGCUCCAGAGACUGGCUCAAAAAAGAAAGAAGCAAUGAAAGCAAAAUGUACAGGCUGAAUGGAUGUAGCACUGUCAUGCAGCAUUUGGAAAUUCUUUAAUUAUCCUAAUGUUGUUAUUUCACUUGCCCUCAUGCUUUGUUUUAGAGUCCCAAGGACAACUGGAAGAAACAUCACCUCUGUAGUCAUCUUAUUUGAGAUGGGGGUGGGAAUGAAUUAAAAUAUGAUACAGAAUUAUAUGCAGAUUUUAAAAUCUAGUCAGUACUAGCAUCUAUAAAGGGCUUUUCUGAAAUUUAAACAGCUUGGUGAUGAUCCUGAUACUAUAAGCUUAAAACUCUCUUGAGGGGAAAAUGACUUCUUUUUUCCUUCUGUCCAUUUUCUCAAAAGCAUCUUUCCCCCGAAUGUUAUGUCUCUAGGACAUUUUAUAGUUUUAAGAGGAAGAAAACAGAAACAUGGCAUCAUUUGGGAAGAACCAAGGUAGAAUUUAAUUUUCUGGACUUUAAAUCUCCUGGUUAAAUAAUGCUAAUCACUGUACCAUUUGAGUUACAUGUUUUAACUUCUCCCCCCCCUCUAAUUAUUCCAUCCAAAAGUUCUGGUGAAUUACACAGAAAUUCUUGGAAAUGGGACUUUGUGCAGGUAACCACCCUGCACUUCAGGUGAUGUUCCUGUCACAGCUGUUGACUACCCCAUGCUGCAGGAAAUCCAUUCAGAAAUGAGCUAACAGUCUCCAGUGUAGCAGGAGAGCCAAUCAGUUCCCUCCCCAGGCCCCAAAGCACCCCAAGGCUGGUAUUCCCCUGAGUCAAAGGUAUUAAUAAUAAAAGCCUCAAUGCAGCUUCUCCAUGUAGUUCCUCUCCUAGAAGCCAGGUGGAUUCUGCUCCUAACUAAAGAGAUGGGAGUUCGCUUGAGGGCAAGAGGUACCCAGGAUGCCCAAACAGCCACACAGGUGUCCUGUGCUUCCUGUGAGACCUCUGGGGGCAGUAUACAAACUAAUUUUUAAAAAAAUGUUUACUUCAUUUACGCUGCUGCUUUUCUCAUAUUCUGCUUUUAAUUACUUGCAGUAAAUCAUUUGCUUGGGCUUCAAGCACUGUCCUCCAUCUACAUCUUCCAGAUUUAUCAUGAGUGGUCUUGUUCUACUGUUAAAGAUGUCAAGCCUAAAAUAAAAAUAAUAAAGUUUUUAUUUGGCUGUUGAACCUUGAUGUAGCCCCUACUACAUACACUACAAGUUAUGCCUUCUGGCUACCACAGAAUCUCUGCAGACCUUUUGGUUAUGAGUAGAAGCAAUAAGAAGUUGUCCUUAUAGUCUUAGGAAUAAUGGUUCCAAUGUAUUGGCAUAAUUUGUUUGAAUGUCUUUAAUUUUGAUAUUAACACCGGCAUAAAUCUAUUUUUGUUACCAGAUGAUAGCUAUUUUUAUUUGCUCUAUUUUCCUCUGCAUUGUACUAAUCUGUUACUCAGUCUUCAUUUUUCUAUGUUGGAAACCUGUGUCAUGUAAAUAUCUGCAAAUCAUGACGGUCUAAAGUGCAAACCAUUUUCAGAGACUUUGGGGAAAUGCAGUGAUCAGAAGUGGCUAAUUUAUUUUAUUUCUGAUUAUUUUAUCCAGAAGAUACUUUUUAAAUAGAUAUUUGUAAAUCUUCCACUUAACCACUGAAAAUUAUUUUGUUUUAAUCCCACCCUUCCAUCCGUACCUCUGUGCCUCCCCAAAAAGCUCCUGUUAAUUUGCUCAUCCCCCUCAUGUAGCUAGUUGAAUGUGAAUAAAUAACAUGCAAAAGAG